AUGAUCAUUAUUUCCGACACGAAGCAGGAGCCCAGUGCUGGAAACCAAGUUUCCAAUGCUACCACAGCAGCAGGUGCCGGUGCCGCAGCCAGCAUCCAGAACCCCGCCACGCAGAUAAGGGAAGCAGCUGACGCCUUCUCGAGUCAUCCAGUACCAGGUGCACCGCAGCCUCCUCCGACGUACAGAUCGUACCCACGUCACCAAAGUCGUAGUCUGUUUAGCGCUACAACCACGCCAGCGUACCGUCGGUCACCCUUCUGUCGAUUUGCGAAGGCAUUCUCCAUUGCCUUCGCUCUUUAUCUCUUGAUUAUCACAGCAGCGAGAAGCACCAUACACAUGGCCUUCCGUUCGGUAGGUGGUCAUUCGCCAGACCAUUUGUACCAUGACCGAUAUGCAUCGUACCAGCAUCGGUGCUCAGGACCAAUGGUAGGGAUACCCAAUCCUGAAGAUGGCACAAUCCUUCAUCGCAUCGACUCGGCGAAUUGGGCACACUACGAAUCCAAUCCAACAUGGCCAACGCCGCCGAGGCCGCAAUUCAACUACCCAUAUGGCGCUCAGACCACGUUCAUGCUCCCCGUUGAUGCCGAUUCCUUGUACCUCAUCGCGAGGGGUGCUUAUCAGCAUGGAAAGGUGAAGUUGAGGCAGUCAGACAGCGUUGAAUCGGGAAGCGUUCGAGUGGACGUGAGGGCAGCGUAUUACGAUCAGAGAGCUCUCGCCCGUGUGACCUUGUGUAAGUUCAGCCGAACGGACAAUGAGCAUGGUAUCGGUAUCUACACACCGCAAUUAGGUUGGACGGAUAAUUACAAGGACCAGGUGCAGUUCCUUGUCACGUUCACAUUCCCAGUUGCUCCCGUUCCCGGAGUACCGCUGCAUAUCAGACGUUUCGAUGCGGAUACAAGCCAGUUUUCGUACUCGGUGGGGGAUCUAUGGGAGUCGAUGUUAUUCGAUGAUGUCGUACUGGGGACCUCGAAUUCCCAUAUAAACGUCACGUCUAUUGCGCUAAAGAACGGAUCCUUUAGGUCGAGCAACGGCUAUAUCGCCGGUCACUACAAUGCGUCAGGCUCGUUGAAGCUGACGACCUCUAACGGCAAAAUCAAAGCAACGGUCUCCCUCUUGAAUGAACGCACUCUAGCAACAGAAUUAGACAUGCAGACAACUAAUAGCCUCAUCCAGUCAGAAGUAACACUGAACACGCCAUCAAAUACAGGUGGUGCAUUCGAAGUUUUUGCACGCACAUCCAACUCUCCCAUUUCCCUCCGAUACGCCGACUCGCCUUUUGACUCUUUCCUUGCUUCGAGUGCCAUCACCUCCAAUAGUGACGCAUGCGUCAAAAUGCAUAAUACAUUUGAAGGCUCAUUCGAGCUGACCACUUCGAAUUCUUCGACUUCGCUGAAGGUGAGACGUGGAGACGUGGACCCCACAGGGCGCGGACGACAGCGCAUGGUCGCGCAGCAUAAGAUUGGGAACAUAACUUCCGGAACGGUGUUUUGGGGUUCGGGAGUGCGGUACCCUCGCGGGUCGACGUCUGUAAGGUCGAGUAAUGGCCGGGUUUCGUUGGAGGUGUGA